GGUCCUGGGCUUAUGUAUUUCAAGAAACCUGGGACUUUAAUACUUACAAUAUAUAUGUCCCAGAUGACAGAUAAUUCAUCCAGUUUAGACAAAUACUGCAUAGAUGAUUUUACAAAUGACCAGAACAGAUUUUAGAAUGUAAUGAUAUUGUGAAAUAGAAUUUUACCUGUUCGAAAUUUUUACAUAUCUGCUUCCAAAACGUAUUGUGUUUACAAUCUAACACUACUGGUUCCAGACGUGAGCUUUUUGUUUGUCUCCUAUAGUGUUAUGAUUUAAACCAGUAUAGCAGACGGAAAACAACUUAAAACUUGGAAGUUAACAUUAUAAGGGAUGGAUAAACUAAUCAGACCAUUUUGGAAACCUGAUGAGGAUCGUAACAGGAGUGCUAAAAUUCUGUGUGGUGUGGUUGCUGCAGUCUACAUAUCCAACCAAGUAGUCAGAAAAAUCAUAGAUAUAGUUCAGAAGCAACAGAUAAAGAAAAAAAUUCAAAAGAAUAGGGAAAAACGUAAACUAUCUAAAGCCCAACUUGAAGAGCAUUUAAAAGGGAAAGAGAUAAGUACAAACACAAUAAAGAGAAUACUGAGCCUUUCAUUUAAAGAACUCCAAGCUGAACUACAAUCAGGGAAACUAUCUGCAGUGGAUGUGUUAAAUGUUUAUCAAAUCAAGGCAUUGGAAGUUGAUAAAAGGACUAACUGUAUUACAGAACUAGUACAUGAUUCAGAGGAAAGAGCUAAACAACUAGAUUCAGAUAGGAAGAAGGGUCCAUUGUAUGGAAUACCUGUUAGCAUCAAGGAGACAUACACUAUGCCAGGAUAUCCCUGUACAGGAGGGAUGAUGUUUUAUUUUGAUGAAAAAGUAACUGAAGAAAAUGUUCUAGUCCAGGUUUUAAAGAAGCAAGGGGCAAUUCCAUUUGUCAGAACCAAUGUUCCACAAACUUUAAUGACAUUUGAAUGUUCUAAUUCACUAUAUGGCACAACAAAAAACCCACAUGACCCCACAAGGAUCCCAGGGGGAUCAUCAGGUGGUGAGUCUGCUCUGAUUGGUGGAGGAGGUUCUAUUCUAGGAAUGGGAGGAGAUAUUGGUGGUAGUCUGAGGAUCCCAGCUCAUAUGGCAGGAUGUUGCUCACUAAAACCAUCUGGUGGUAGACUCAGUCGCAAAGGCCAAAAUCAGUUUAACAAAGGAGAAACUUUAGUACAGCCCCAGACAGGACCAAUGGCAGCUGAGGUAGAUGGCCUGGUUAACUGUAUGAGAUGUUUACUGGUACCUGAGAUGUUUAAUUUAGAUCCAGCAGUGCCACCUAUACCUUUCAGAGAGGAGAUAUUCACAGGGAAAAAUAAGCUGACAAUAGGUUUCUACAUAGAUGAUGGUAACAUAAAGGCUGCUCCUGCAUGUCAGAGGGCAGUGUUAGAGGUCAAGGCUAUUCUAGAAUCCCAAGGUCAUACAUUGGUCCCUUUUAAACCGGUUGAUGUUUACAGAAUGGCGUCACUUUUCCUGAAAUCUGUAUUUGCAGACGGUGGAAAAAGUUAUUUAAAUGUGUUAGACAAAGACAUUGUUGAUAAUUCGUUACGUAGGAUUAUGUUUGCAUUUUCACUGCCAAAUUGGUUUAGGAAAUUAUUUAGUUAUGUUGCUGCAAUGAUAACAAAGGACCAGUUUACCUCUAUAUUGUUACAGAGUGGGUGUGGAGUAGAAUCAGUAACAGAAUAUUGGGAUUUAGCUAUAAAUAUAGAGAAUUACAGAGCCGAUUUUUUAAAGAAAUGGAGAGCUCACAAGUUAGAUGCUGUUAUUUGUCCAGGAUUUGCCUUUACAGCAGUUUCUUCAGGGAGAGUCACAGAUGUAUCUGGUGGAGUGACCUAUACAAACCUCUACAAUUUGUUGGAUUAUACUGCAGGAACCUUAAAAGUGACAAAUGUGACACAGGCUGAUCUGGAUAACUUUCAACAUUACCCAUCUAAAACGUGGUUGGAAAAAAACAUAAAGAAGUUUUCUGAAGGCUCCAAAGGUUUACCUGUUGGUGUACAGUUCGUAGGUUUAUCCUACCAAGAAGAAUUGGUUCUCAGAUUAAUGAAAGAUGUGGAAACAUGCUUGCAGAAGAAUAGUUCAAAAGAAAAAAUAUAAAUGUGACUGUUAAUUAAUUUAUAUUUAUAUUAUUUUUAUUUAUUUAUGAAGAAUGGAGAGAGCAUAAUACCAUGCUAAAUGUUAUAUUUUUAAACAAAUGGUUGUUAAAUAAAUAAUAAAAAAAAUCCUUCAAACGUAACUUUCUCCAAGGGCUAACAUAUAGGCCUUUUUACUCCUAAAUUCAUUAGAACAUUAAGAGACUUGCAGUUUUUGACUUUCAUGUAUAUCUAAAUUAAGAUCUUUUGUAUUUGAUAUAUUAGCUCUUUCAGUAAGUAAAUACCAUGCUUGCUUUUAAGGUAAUGGCAAAUUCAUAAGUUUGAAUUUAACAGCUGUAUAUCUUUUUUUUAAUAAUUUAAUUUUGGAUGUAACACAUCUUCUGAUUGGCUGACAUUAUUUUGUAAUCAGCCCAUAGACAUAAUUUAGUCAUGUGACCGUGAUGUCAUCAACGUUUUUUCAUGGUUUAUUAUGGUUUAAAAUGAAAUUAUAUUAGAAAUGACUGUAAUAUUUUUCUGUCUAUUUGAAAUAACAUAAAAAAUGUGGUGCACACUGUUCAAUAACCUGCUACGGGCGUUAUUCAGUGUGCACCAAAUUUUGUAUGUUAUUUCUUCAUAGAUAGAAAAAAAAACUACAGUCAUUCCUUAAGCAAUUAAUUCUAGCGAAAAGUAUUUUGUUUUGCCUUGAUAAAAUGUUCUAUUGCCUCUUUGUGACAAGAACUACCUCCAAUAACAGCAUUCAAGUAAAUGUUUAGUCUCUGUGGUUUAUAAAGUUUAUGAAGAAUUUUUAUAAUUUUCAUACAAAUGAAAUGACUUGAAUUGAUAUAAUUAAAAGUAAUUAUCUUUUUUUUUUAUCUAUAUCCAUGAUAGGAACUUUAUUUUGACAGAAUUCAUUCAAUCAAAUUAUAUUUAAACAGUAUUUAUUUAUUUUUGUAACCAACAAUUCUUUAUUUAUUUAAAUCUAGUAUUAGCAGAAUGGCAAUUGAAAUAAAAAUAUCAAUGUUUUCUAUUAGACUUGUGAAUCAAAAGACUUGCUUAUCAGAACAUAUUUGAAUUAAUUUCUUUCAAUUUAUAAUUUUUUUUUUAGUAUUUAUCUAUUAUUUUUUGAUAUUUUUAUAUAAUUUUGACUGUGAUUUUUAAUCGUGUACAGGAAUAUAUAACUCACCAUAUAAUACCUCAUUGUUACACCAAUCUGUUUUAUAAGAAUAAAGAAUGAGAAUUUUAUAUAUAAAGGCAUCUUUAUUCUUUAAAAAAAUAACUUGGGAAUUAGCAAGACCAGCUUUGGGCUGGGUUAUUUUCACAGUUAACUUUUAUGUGAUUUUGAUGAAAAUAUAUUGCAUAAUAUGUGCAGCUGUAUUUAGAAAUUAAACAUUGUAAAUAUAAUUUAUGUGAUGGGAUUGAAAUGUUUGAUAAUUAUUUGAAUUAUGAUUUUUAUUAUUAUAAAAUUGAACGAUAAAUAUUUAUUACGACUUGGAUAUGGUACAGAAAAAAUGUUCACUAAUAUUUGUUGCAAGGAUUAAAGUUUCUUUAUGGUUAUUUGUGAUAUUUAGGAACCACCCUGUCUGUUUAUCAGCCUGUCCUGUCCAUUUGACUUGCAUGGUCAACUUUUUCCUAAAUGGCAAUUGGUUAAAGUUUAAGCAGGACAUUAGCCGACAUUCAAAAGGGGAGAUAAUUAUACUGACCUAAGUGUUGUAAUAUGUUGGAAGUCUCUGGUAAGCUUAAUAGAUAUUGAUGAAACUUUACUUGGUUGCAAAAUAUUACCCAUGAAUGAUAUGUUUGACUUUCAUUUAAAAUGAAUUCUCUAAAUCAGAUUCUAAAAAACAAAAUUGUUUUUGUAAUAUUAAGGGGAGAUAAGUAGCCUUAGUUACUUAAUUUUUGCAACAUGAGGCAAGAGCUUAAAAUCACUACUUCCCCUUAAUAGUUGAAUGAGUAUUAAUGAUACUUUACCCGAGUGUGUGCAUAGAGGACUGUUAUCCUUAUCCUAUUUUUACAGGGGACUCUUUGAUCUACCUCCCAGACAAGAGGCUGUCACAACGACAGCAAACCGGAUUUACUAACAUUUAUUUGUGUCCUGGCAAUAUCACAAAAAACAUUACUGAUGAAUGGUGAAAGUGAAAAUCGUCAAUAUCGAAUUUGACCUCUAUUUUGUCAUCAGUAUCAACAUAUUAAAAUUUGAAAAGCUUAGAUUGAAUGGUUAAUGAGUAAAUGCAACAACGUGAAUGGAAACGCCAUUUUACCAUCUUUCAAGAACCAUAACUCCUGAAUGGUAAAGGUCAUAAUGGUCAUUAUUGAACUUGACCUCCAUUUUGUUAUCAGUAACAACAUAUUAAAAUUUGGGAAGCUUUAGUAGAACAGUUCAUGCGUAAAUGCACGAACAUGACUGGAAACUCCAUUUUUCAAUCUUUCAAGAACCAUAACUCCUGAACAGUAAAAGUCAAAAUCGUCAUUAUUGAACUUGACCUCCAUUUUGUCAUCAGUAACAACAUAUUAAAAUUUGGGAAGCUUUGGUAGAACAGUUCAUGUGUAAAUGCACGGACACGACUGGAAACUCCAUUUUUUAAUCUUUCAAGAACCAUAACUCCUGAACGGUAAAGUCAAAAUCGCCAUUAUUGAACUUGACCUUUAUUUAGUUGUCAGUAACAACAUAUUAAAAUUUUAAAAGCUUUGGUUGAACGGUUCAUGAGUUAAUGCACGGACAACAUUUGAUUGCUGCCUGCCCAACUGAACGCCCAAAUCAAUAACCGACAUUUUUGUCACAAAAAUCUGGUUAAAAAACAUUUUUUUGUUGCUCUGAUAAAGGGGAGAUAAUUGAAUGUUAACAUUGCAACAUGUUGAAUAAUUUGUUAGCAUAACUCAUCAUGAUUAUCUGGAUUGAUAUUGAUAAAAAAUUUCAAAGUUGUAAAACUGUAAAAUAUGAAAGUGUUAUAUUAUCUGUCAUGCAAUAUGUGUUUUAUAUCUAAAUAGAAAAUCCUCCUAAAUGGCUAGACAUACAGAGGAUAUGCAUUAAGAGGUAUGAUUAUGUUCCCACAUUUUUAAGGAGAAAUAUUCUUACCCACUUUAAAGUUCCAAUAUGUUGUAACAGUCUCUCAUAAGCUAAACUAUAUACUUAAACAGCUUGACAGAUUUUAAAGAAAAUUUAUAUAGUUGUAGAACAGUAACUUACAAUGUGCAUACAAUAAUGUUAUUUUUGUCCUACAUUGCUAAGAGGACCAUCUCUCCAGCACCUGAAUGACAAAAAUUGUUUAAGCUCUGUUUUCUAUUUUGUAAAUUUUUAUAGACCGAGUCAUUUUAUAUUUAAGACUGAUAAAUAAUAGUGCAGGGAGAUAUAUCCUUUAGAGAGUUUACAAACAUACAGUAGAAAAAACAAGUAUGAAAUAUUGAAGUCGCCAAUCAGGAUGUUGAUAAAUGUUUUCAUUAAAAUAAAUUCUGGUUGAAAUUGAUAGAAAUUUAGUUUUUUUUUAAAAACAAUCUUUAGAUAUUUUGUUUUAUAAUACUAUAUUUUUCAUGUUAAGAUUGGAAUGUUAAAAUGUUUAAGCUGUAGGUGCUAGCAUAAUUUCAUACUGUCAAUGUGUACUAAUUUAAUUAGUUAU